AUGUCCACAGCUAACAAUUCCCGCCGGAUCUAUACUGGUUGCCGCAACCGCCCCAGAGAUAUCACAGUUUUAUACUCCGAGAAACAACCUCAUACACGAAGCAAGGCCAGGGAGCCGGUGAUCUACAGGAGUGUUCGGAAACUUCGUUCUCGUGACCGCAUGACCAUUGAUGCCUCCAAAUCAUUGCUUUGGUCUUCUGCAAACGCUGAUGGGAAGUACUCACGUACAAAGGAGGAGUUUCCGUUUGAAAUGCCUUGUUUAAAUGAAUACCAGAGAACUGCGUCCUACGGAAUUCUACUCAUUAACCUGCUAUAUCCUGAUAGCUAG